UUCUCAGUGCGUCGCGAAAUGUUUGUGUACAUAGCAACUACAAUACCGUUAUUUCUGGUCCAAACUGUUGGAAGCAGUCAUUCUUUUCAACGAGAAUGUCUCUACAGGCAUCUUCUCAGUCAAUCGGGAUGCAGAAAUGUACUGAUGAGGAAACGUUCUACAUGCACUGCAGAGCCGCCUACCUGACUGUAUUUAGGUCUAGUCUGGCCAGUAUCACCUCCAAACAUCAGCUAUGCCGUGUUCUCCAGCAGGCAGGCAGAAAUCCAUCCCAGGCAACUCUCAACAAACACUGGACCCCAAGUACCACUAAGCUGAACUUUGAUGAUUUCUGUGAGAUAGUGAAGAAUGAGAGGCCGACAGAGGCGCACGAGUUGAUGAGAGCCUUCAGAAAGAUGGACAUUAAUGGAGAUGGUUAUAUCUCACACAGUGAACUACACAUAGUCCUCACUUCAAGAGGUGAAAAGAUGGCUGCCAAGGAGGUGGAUGCCAUUUUUUCAUUAGCUGAUACCAACAAAGAUGGCAAAUUGGACUAUGCCGAGUUCUGCAGACUGAUGGAGUCCACGGCAGAGCAGUGUCAGAUUGCAGCUCUGGAGAGACUGGAGGCUGAUGCCAAGCUGAAGAGGCAGAACUUUGGCAACGAGUUAGACAGCCCUCCAAAGAGCUUAGCGUCCACCGCUGUGACUGUCCCCCAGCCACCACACAAAACGGAGCCGGACAUCACACUGAAGAAAGACAGCAGAUCGUCGUCCCGGCCCUCCUCAGCUCGCAGUAGACGGUCGUCACUGUCUAACGCCAUCACCAUGGCAGCCAGCAACACUAAGAGCAUCAAGCUGGCAGAGCCCACAUCUAUACAGGACUGGCAUCACACCUGUAUGAAGGGCAGUUUCUUCCUUGAGGAGGAUGGAGGCAUCACGUCCCUGCAAUACCGUCUCACCGUCCCCCAGACAGCCACCGUCUACCUCACCAUCAGACCUCUCAACCUUAGCCAGAGACUUGAAAAGCCCUCAUCCUGGAUGUCGGUGGACACAGCUGUCUUUCUGGUGUCAGGAAAAGACACUAAAGAGGACUCCACUUUGGUGUGUUUCACUGAGUCAAGAAACAAAGAGAAGUGUUGCUGGAAGGGGGAGAUGAGUGCUGGUACCUACUGCCUCCUUCCCUUCACCACGGGCUGUAGGCUGAGGAAGAGGACCAGGAAGAGCGUGACUAAACCUGUCACGCUGGUCAACAGGACUGACACGGGGGAGCUGGACCUCACUAGGGACUUCAGGGGGGUGCUGUCUGAUAUCUUUGAGGUGAUAGACCUGGAUGGGAACGGCCUCCUCAGCCUGGAGGAGUACAAUUUCUUUGAGCUCAGGACCAGUGGAGAGAACUGUGAUGAGGAAGCAUGGGCUGUCUGCAAAGAGAACUUUGACACCCGGAAGAACCAGCUCAGUCGUCAGGGCUUCAUGGAGCUCAACCUGAUGGAGGCCAGCGAGAGAGGGGGGGACCCCACAGACCUCUGGGUAACGCUGGAGGCCAUGGGCUACAACCGCAAUCUGGAGAUGGUGGAGGCGUGUCCGUUCCUGAUAGAUGUUUACUGUGAGGAGGGUCAGUGUACUCUGCAGCCGGUCAGUCUGGAGUCAGGCCACAGGAUCCUGAACACAGCCCUGCAGAGGUCCAUCACGGCCAGGUCAGAGGUCAAAGCCCUCAGGGGUCAGGAGAACAUCCUGGUCUACACCUACAGAGGAGAACACAGGAUCUCCACCGUCAUCGCCAACAAGACCAACCAGAAGGUGACGGUGCACGUGAACAACGAGCAGAGUAAGAACUGCAGCAGCAGCAGAGGGAUGAGUGUGUUCGCUGUGGAGGUCCCUGCUAGAACCAAGAUGGUGUGCCAGCAUGUCCUGCCCAUCAACGAGCACCAGGAGUGGACCUACAGCUGUGUGGAGAGCAUUAUACCAUGCCAGUGAAACAGUGAUAGACAGCAACCCUAAUAUUACCAUGGUACUUUAUAAAACAUACUAAUACAAAGGGACAGUGGGCCAAAAGCUAUUUAUAGCCAACGGGAAACUGAAUUAAUGAAUAAUACUAUAUGUAUGUAACAUGUGCCUUUUGUGAUAGUGGUGUGUAGUUGUUUUUCCAUGGAAUUGUAUGAAAUUAUGUUGAUUUGAAAAAUCUUUAAUUGAACUAUAAUAGAGAUUCUGUAGAUAAUGAUACUGAACUUAUAUUUGCACUAUGAUUUAUAAUAUUUUGAACACUCAAUUUUCAUUGUACUGUGACUCCUAUAAUAAUGUGUAUAACUUUUCAAUAGUACAUAGUUUUAUCACAUGCCUUUAUAUACGAAUAUGAUGUGCAUUGUAACGUGUUUUAACAAGUGUGCUCAAGUCUCAUAUUUACAAACAAUAUGCUAUAUCUCUAACAAUAUUACAUUAUUACGUAUGUCAGUCAAAACUCAAAAAUAAAUCUCUAAUUUAAAAUAAUGGAGUAACUUGU